GAAAAGACUUUCAAACAUUUCAAACUCUCGAGAGCAACAAGCUAUAAGGCUUAUGCCCGUUUUCUCCAACGUUAAUCUGAGAAACUAUAUGAAAAAAAUUGAACCGAGUUUGAACUGCGUCGGAGAAAACGGCCGUAACGCUGUAGCGUCCAAGUCGAAUUGAAUGUAUCUUUGUCGAAGCGGUUAAUUAACUAGUGGUGGCCAGGCUAGUCCUCACGGAUGACACAGAAGUGAGCCGAGCCAAAAACGAGAAGAAGAAAGAAGAAGAACCGUACUAUAUUAAGGAGAUCUAACCUUUUAUACUACGUAUCUAUUCAUCAGUGUUGUUCAAUAUGUCUAAAGACAAUUAUUACGCUGAGGUAUACGCUAAAUUUGCGGCAAGUGUGGAUUCAUUAUCAGACUGGAUCCCAGCCCCGACAGUCCCCGCUAAGUUAGAGGGAUGGAGCGAUGAGUCCGUAAAGAAGUCAUGCGAAAAAAUCUCUUUUAAUUAAUUCUUACAUGAAGGAUUCUCUCCCCGAAAUCAAGAAAGCCGUAAUACGCUUUUACAACCUUUACUUUCAUGGUACUAUAGAGACCGAAGAUAAUUUGAUUGCUGUAGUAGCCGACGCGGUGGCGAUGGCUCGGAUUGAAGGUGAGAAUUUUUGGAAUGAUGAAAUGUUCGUCGGAGAAUUGUUCUAUGUUAGGAACUCAUCUUCAUUAGUAGAACUACCUCUGAAGGGGGUAAGCACGUACAGCAAAAAUUUAAGCACAUUCAAGGCAACUGUGAACAGGAUUGUACAGAGAUGGAAAACAAAUGAUCCUGUGAGUAGUGAAGUAAAUCACUUACUCCAGUUAACAGGUUUCCUUGCACUGACAAUGUGGAGAGCUUCGAUAAAAAAUAAAGCACAAAUGCAUAUUGCAUUUAAAGAGGCUCGGUAUACUGAGAAUCUCAUGGCUGUGGCAAAAUGGCCUGCAGAAAAAGGAUUCGCUCCUCCAUGCGAGUCUUACCUAGAUAAGAUUGUCAUUGGAUUGGCAAAGGGACUCCCCGAAACUGGGCAAAUCUUCUUACUAUUCAUUAGGCAGAUGAUCAUCCUCCAAAGUUUGGUAGCCACCGACUCGCAAAGACUCAAAUAUCUCUCCAUAUCUGUAAUGACUGAUACAGCAAGUAAUGGUCUUGGGAUCCUUAGUCUCUUGCAAGCCAUUCAAACCGGACUUGGCAUGGAUUGGAAAGAAGUGAAGAAUGUUCGGUCCAAGGCACCAUCCUGUCCUGGAAGAAAUUUACUGAGUUUGCAAAUGAUCUUGCAUCUAAAAACCACUCACAGUUGGCAAGCCUGUUAGGUGGAAUAGCAGAAUCCUUUGUGGAAGAAGGUAUUUGGGAACAAGAAUGGAUCAAAGGCAAAAAAGAUCGAUACAUGGCACACAUAAAAUUUGGGCGAGCAUUUGCAGAAAGGAAACGUCUUCGUCGACACUCUC